CUUCUUUGUCCUUCUGAAAACCUUGGGCAACUCCAAAUCUCGUUCACAUGAGAUUUCGUUCUUUACAAGCAUCUUCUGGUCGCAAUAAUGGAAUUCGGCAGCAUUAAUUAUCUAUCUUAUCUAGUCGAACCAGACUAGAUGAUAACUCCAGCGGCGUCACGAGGAACCAGUGCUUCUUUUAGAAGCGUCUUCAGCAUAUUAUCAGCGAUUCUACUCGCUUCUUCCCCCCCCCUCGUAGAUUCCUCGUGCCAUGAGCGAAAUGCCCCAGGCGCCAGAGACAAACGAGGUUUCCGAUGAUACAAAGGUUCCUGGCAACUAUGCCCAGGAUCUUGCAGGAAAGGACGCUUCCGACAUUGAGGAAGAAGGCAUUGAUAAGCACGCGAGCAAGAGCCUUCAAUUUGUAUCCUCGAUCAACAACAACGAACCCAUUGUGACACGACGCGAAUUAUGGAGUUAUUAUCUGUACUAUAAUGGUGAUAACGGUGUCGGCCCCAAUGGGUACUCUAUGACACUAUUUCAGUCUCUUGCGAAUGCUGCUGGUUAUGAUCCUGUCAAGGGACCUGGUUCUUCGUGUGAUGCGGCUGACGCUUCGGGUCAAUGUGUCGUACAUUGGGGAGGAGGAACCAAGGCAGUAGCGAGCGUGGUUCUGGUAGCGAACGGCGUCAGCUUCGCCGUCAUGACUAUGAUAUUCACCACAAUCGGCUCAGCCGCAGAUUACGGAACUUUUGGUCGUUGGCUCUUGCUUGUGAUUACUUGCAUAUGCUGGGGUGCCCAGUUCGCAAGUAUGAGUCUCACGGAUCCUUCACGAUGGGGAGCGGCCAUGGCUUUGUAUAUGGUCGGUUUUAUCUCUUAUGGUGCAACCCUUGUUUUCUAUGCAGCCGCGUUCCCUCGUCUUGCACGUAACACGGCCCAUGCUCGUGAGCUACGCGACAAGUUGGAAGCUGGAACUGUUACCUUGGAAGAAUAUGAGAGGGAAGAAAGUAUGGAGAAGAACCGCAUUAGUAACAUCAGCACGACUCACAGCAAUAUCGGAUAUGUCGUGAUACUGUGUCUGAACCUUUCUGUAUUGAUUCCUCUCAACAGCAAUCCAAAAGUUGAUAACUAUGCCCUCGUCCUAACAAAUGGAUACUGGGUCCUUAUUGGCAUCUGGUGGUUUAUAUUCCAGCAACCUCGUCCAGGACCACCUGUUCCCAAAGGAGAGCACCGCUUUACGAUUGGCUGGAAACAGAUAUGGCUAGCCAUGAAGCAGUACAGAAUGCUGCCCUACACGUUCAUAUACCUCUUCGCUUUCUUCCUAUUGGCUGAUGGUCUUAAUACAACUGGGACCUUGGUGUCGAUCUGUCAGAACGAGAAAUUCUCCUUUAGUUUCCUACAGAACACAUACCUUGGGCUGUCGCAGGCGAUUACCUCAACAGCUAGCACGUUGGGCUUCUGGUAUAUUCAGAGAUAUUGGAAGAUCAGCACUAAGAAAAUGUUUGUUGUGACGAAUGUGGUUACUAUCCUCAUACCGUUGUGGGGCAUGAUAGGUAUUUGGACUGAAACUAUCGGAUUUCACAACGCUUGGGAAUUCUGGUUCUAUAAUAUCGUCUUCGGCCUAUUCCAAGCACCGUAUUAUGCUUUCUCGCAAACGAUGAUGGCCGAGCUAACUCCACCCGGAUUCGAUAACAUGUUCUUUGGCCUGUUCGGUCUAUCCAAUCGGGCGUCUUCUAUGAUCGGACCCAACGUCAUUCAAGCGAUUAUCAAUAAUACUGGAAACAACUGGAUGGGGUUCCCAUUCUUGUUCGCUUUGUGUGCAUCUGCUUCCUUGGUAAUAUGGUUUGGGGUGGACGUUACGAAGGGAAGACGAGAUGCAGUUGCUUGGGCGGAGACAGCCGGACGAUCUAAGGUCGAUGAGGACUAG